CGCUGUCUGGGCUCGAUGAAGUGGGUAACCGGGACUGGUGGCAAUAAAUCAGAAACCGCAUUCCGCAAGCGGAAACCCGCAAAACGGAACACGAACGGAUCGUCGGGGUGGAGAACUUAAGUGGAAAUGUGUAAAUUGCGGAGCGAAACUGGCGUUAUUAAUAGGAAAAUUGUCGUGACUACCUUCAGAUAGCAUACUUUCCGGCACAAAACUCCCAUCCAAGCGGGCGGAUUUGGUGCCAAAAACACCCUAGCACCACAAGCCCACAAAGUGACCCAGAAAAUGUGGGAUAUGCAAAUGCAAUGGCAGCGGAAAAUUCACCGCCAGUCGGUGACACUUUUAUCCUCUUCAAAGUGAAGGAGGAAUAUUAAUGGAAUAAUCCUUUCUACUUUGAAAAAGAUUCAGAUACAUUCCAGGCUAUGCCCUACGUUCAAAGAUACUGAUUGGAAAGAGCAUGGCUUAAAUUCCAUUAACCCAUUUAAAGUGCAAAUUGAGCCUAGUGAUUGUGGCCAACAACUUUUCCCGGAAAAUUAUAGGGCAUACAACAAAUGAAAGCGAAACGCAAUCAAACUAUGUAAACAGACACGAACGCCACUUAUUCUUGAGGAAUCGCUGGAAACCGCAACCAAAUCGUUGCGGGGCAACUCAAUUCACUUUGGCCCCGGAACAGUGCGCUGCCACCGCUCGAAUGGAGUCGUUCUCAGCGUCCAGCUGCUCCACCAUACCGUCACCACUGCCGCACGGUGCCAGUGGCAUGGACAGUCCGGAUAUCUGUGAGCCGCCACAGGAUGAGCAGGAGUUCUGCUUCCGCUAUCCCAGCUACAUGUUUCCGGACGUGGAGUACGACAAGGAGGACGUGCCGCUGCCCUUCAAGGCCUCGCCGGACUCGCUCUUCAAUCUCUGCGCCGCCGUCGUGGAUUCCCAAGCCCGCACUGAGGUCUUCAAGUGGAGCAUCAACGAUGUGACCGACUGGCUGCGCAACUUUGGUUAUCCCGAGUACGAGCAAACGUUUCGGGAGAACUACAUUGAUGGGCACAAGCUGCUGAAUCUGGACGCAGUUGCUCUGGUUGCACUCAACGUUCGCAACUUCGAGCACAUUCGCCACCUGGCCCGCGGCAUACGAGCGCUCUACAGGAAGGAGCUGCAAACGGCGACGGAGACCAAGCAGCAGAGUGAGGUCUACAAGACAUUCCGGGCCCGCACUGGCCGGAGGUACGAGGGAUUGCGGGAGACGGAGCUACUGGGCCGCAUGCACAUGAUUCGCUCCGUUUUCCGCGACGUCAACGACUGGGAUCUGAUGGAGCUGCACAUGUCCAGGACGCCGGUGAGGCGUUAUCGCGAGAUCGUCGCUGGCUCCAGGCGCUACAACCUCUAUGGCCCAUCCACAGCGCGCCGGGAACCCAUCAUUACGGACGAUGUGGAUGCCACACCAUGGUACAACUUCGAGGAUUGCUACUGAUUCACUUUCAACUUGAAAGUGUGAUUACCUUUUGGAGCAAUAAAGUAACUUCUUCAUAUUAA